AUGGAUAGCGACGGUGCAGUUGUCGAUGGAAUGCGGACGCCGCCAGAUGUUAGGAAAGAGGAAGUCCUAAAGUGGUACAAGGAUAUGUUGACAGGGCCGUCUCAGUUUCUACAUGGUCAGAUCUCACCUUCAAAGUAUCUGCCCAUAGCAGACGUUGAUGAGGAUUUGCAGGUCUCAGCUGGCGAGGAGGGUAUCGCGGUGGGCUCAGCCUCUGCGCUUACCCCAGAAGACGUGAUAUUCGCCCAAUAUCGAGAAGCAGGUGUAUUUCAGCAAAGAGGUUUUACGCUCUCGGAUUUCAUGAACCAACUCUUUGCAAAUUGCAAGGAUGUCGGUAAAGGAAGGAAUAUGCCUGUCCAUUAUGGCAGCAGCAAAUUGAACAUACACACCAUAUCCUCCCCGCUAGCCACCCAGCUCCCCCAGGCGACCGGAGCCGCUUACGCCCUAAAGCUCUCCAACAUGUCAUCCCGAAGGACCAACGCCAAUGAAGGCCGUAUCGUAGCUGCCUACUUCGGCGAAGGCGCCGCCUCUGAAGGCGACUUCCACGCGGCUCUCAACAUCGCGGCCACGCGCUCCUGCCCCAUCAUCUUCCUCUGCCGCAACAACGGCUUCGCAAUCUCCACCACAACACUAGAGCAAUACCGCGGCGACGGUAUCGCCAGCCGGGGCGUCGGCUACGGCAUUGACACCAUCCGCGUCGACGGCAACGACAUCUUCGCCGUGCGCGAAGUCACCAAGAAAGCCCGGCAGAUGGCUCUCGAAGACGGCGGAAAACCCGUGCUCAUUGAAGCGAUGAGCUAUCGCGUCAGCCACCACAGCACCAGCGAUGACUCGUUCGCGUAUCGCGCGCGGGUGGAAGUGGAGGAUUGGAAGCGUAGGGAUAAUCCGAUUACGAGGUUGAGGAAGUGGAUGGAACGGCAGGGGAUGUGGGAUGAGGAGCAAGAGAGGGAGACGAGGAGUCGGAUAAGGAAGGAUGUGUUAAAGGCUUUUGCGGAGGCGGAGAUGCUGAAGAAACCGAGGCUUAGGGAACUUUUUACGGAUGUUUAUGAGGAGGUUACGGAGGAGGCGAGGGGGCAGAUCAAGGAGUUGGGGAGGCUGAUUGAUGAGUAUCCUGGGGAGUAUGAUGUCAGUGGUUUUGAAGAUGGGAGGGAGGGGUUGGAGAUGGAUGAGAAGAAGGAUCAUUAG